AUGGCGGACCCUCAACCUGCGCCCUCGACCUCCUCUCGUCCCCUUCCCCACCACCUCCAUCUACAAGAAACACGCGAGAAUGGAUCCGCCGAGAGAUCGUCUUCCUCCUCCGAAGUCCAUACCUGGGCUGACGACCGUAUCUUGUUGACACCACCCCUCCCAACUUCAGGAAUCAAUCCAUUGGACCAGGCGCUCUAUAAAGCCAGUAAUGGACGGAGUUUUGUGGCCAAUGCAAAUCAGCAAGCAGUCUCUCAAAAUGCACAACUCAACAUGUCGCCGCCCGAUUCGUUGCGCAUUCACCAUGAUGCAGCGCAUCUCUUGAGUGGCCUUCAUAUACGAACGGAUGUUGGGGGUCCCAAACGUAGCAGCUCAACCCAGUCGAUGGAUUCCGAGUCCAGAUUGCGAUCCAGUGCCUCUGCCGCAAGUAUACCGCGUCGAGUCCCUAGUAUCCGCGCCCACCUUCACUCUUCCGCCGGUUCUGUCUCCCCCGGUACAGUCAUUUCGUCGCCCCAGAUAGCCGCUAUGCUGGACAUUACUCCGUUGCCUUCGCCGACCAUGGCGGCCUUUGAGUCGUGGAAGGCUCUUUCGUUGGCAAGGACCCGGUCCCGUGGAUCCUCUAUCUCUUCCGCCAAAGCUGAAGCAUUGCCCCCUCCCGUCGUGCCAUCACCCACAAGUCCUCGCCGAAUCAAAGGCUAUCCAGGUUUGAGAUCUUCUCCUCCCUCACGUCCCGGGACAUCCGAUGGGGCUGCCGAACACAACCGCACUAGAAGUGUCAGUGACUAUGUACCCGACCCUGUGGCCGUGCCAAAAGUCCGAAACAUUGCUGUGUCAAGCACAGGAGCGCCGCUUGAAAUCACAGAGUCGCCGACGUCUAUGCACCGGGAGGAAUAUCUCGGUCCACAAAGGAGACUGAGCAAGUCCAUUACCCGUCCUCCUACACCGCCACAGCCGACAAUCAACAUAGAAAGGAGUCAUGAAGACGAGCCCGCUGCCAAACGGCCGAAACUCGAAGUCUUCAAUGCGCGGAGCAUUUCCAGUGGAGAACCCAGAUCCUACGAGGCAAUCCGGGUGCUCGGGCAGGGGACCUUCAGCAAGGUCUACCUGGCCGUGCGGCAAGUCGACAAUGAUCGAAAAGACAAUGUCGACUAUCGCCAAGACAGUAUCAAUAUGGCAGGUGUCCGAGCUCGAUCAAGACGACUUGUGGCAGUCAAAGUCGUAGAGCAUGGUCCAGCAGGCGGGGCAGACGCAGAGAGGAUCGAGGUUGGGCUCAAACGGGAGGUGGAUUUGUUAAAAGCCAUCCAACAUCCGUCGCUCGUUCAUCUGAAAGCAUUUGGCAACGAUGACAACGCCCGUGCUCUGCUGGUCAUGAAUUACUGCCCCGGAGGAGACUUGUUUGAGGUCGCCUCCAAACACCGCGAGGUCCUCACUCCACCGUUGGUCCGAAGGAUAUUCUCCGAGCUGGUUUCGGCGGUGCGAUAUCUCCAUCAAAAGUAUAUUGUCCAUCGGGACAUUAAGCUGGAGAAUGUGCUUCUUAACAUUCCGGUGCGUGUCCACCCGGAUGUAUCCAACUGGCAAACCCUCGACCGCGCGGUUGUAACACUCACUGACCUGGGGCUCUCACGCCGCAUUCCUGAACCACCGGAGAGUCCCCUUCUCACCACACGCUGCGGAAGCGAAGAUUACGCUGCGCCGGAAAUAUUGAUGGGGCAACCCUACGACGGACGACAAACCGACGCGUGGGCUCUUGGAGUUUUACUCUAUGCAUUGAUGGAGGGUCGAUUGCCCUUUGAUCCUCUCCCCGGGGCGCGCGGCGACCCAGCCGUCCUCCGUGCGAGGACACCACACAGGAUAGCACGGUGUGAAUGGGCGUGGUUCAAGUAUGGCGAUGAAGACGGAGAGUGGGAUCCGGUCAAAGGCGCCGAGUUUGAAGGGGCACAUGAAUGUGUGGAUGGCCUAUUGAAGAGGAACACGAGGCGGCGAGCGUUGGCCGAGAUCCGGGAAUUGCCAUGGGUCAAGGAUGGGAUCCAGGUUGACGGGGGUCUUCGAUGGGUCGAAGAGGAAUUGUAA